CUGACUGCAAUGGCGACAUCCGAGUCCUGAAGAGCUAUUCAUACCUGAGUCCGGAAGCUAGGAUAGCAAUAUUCGCGAACACACGGGUAACUGAUAUACCAACAAGUCCGAACGCCAGGGGAAAGGAGAUUUGUAUCACCUGGAAACGAUGGGGUCGGACCGGAUGACUUCUCAAUGGCCAAAGCCUAUCGAUGGCGGGGAAGAAAGCCUUUUUGUUCCUGUCAUGGGGGUAACUGGCUCAGGGAAAAGCACAUUCAUCUCACUACUAGCUGAUGAGAAUGUUGCAAUCAGUGACAGCCUAAAUUCAUGCACUGCUAUUUGCAAGAUGUACCGUGUCAGACACCCGUCAAGUGAUAGAUUGUUCUUGCUUGACACGCCUGGAUUCAACGAUACAAAUCGCUCCGACAUUGAGAUUCUCAAAGAGAUUGCUUCUUCCCUGGUCCACUGGCACCAGAAGGGCUGGAAGCUGGCCGGUGUGAUAUACUUGCACCGCAUCAUUGAUCCACGGAUCGGAGGAGCUGCUCUGAAAAACCUCCAUAUGUUUCAAGCACUCUGUGGGAUCGAAAACUACCAUCGAAUUGUUCUUGUCACAAACAUGUGGAAUGAAUUCGGACCAAGCGAAGUGGAGCAGCAAGUUGGUGAGCGAAGGGAAGCCGAAUUGCAGAAGCAACCCCAAUUUUGGCGUCCGAUGAUUGACCACGGUAGUCUGUGCAUGAGGCACAAGGGCUCUAAAGAGUCGGCUUUGGAGAUCCUGGAUCUCGUUUGUGAACUUGGGGGAGCUGUCGUUCUGCAGAUUGUCAGACAACUCGUGCUUCAUAACUUGCGACUGGACGAGACCGAUUCUGGUAAGUAUAUCCAAGCUGAGCUGCAGAUAGCCAAGGAGAGAUCCGAGAGGGAGCACUCCUCGCUCAUUAAGAGCCUGGAUGAAGCAAGAGGGGAAGGGGACGAGGAGGCCGUCAAAGACAUUCAGAGUGAUAUUCAUGAAGCCACGAUGAAACUCGAGCAACUAGAUCGCCGCCGUAAGGAUCUCGAAAUAUCAGCUCAAGAACUGUCUGGGGACAAAGUCAAAUAUGGUGGCCCCGGGCUUUCUAUGGGUGACUCGGAAAAGCCCGACAUUUCUGCAAAGAUAAUUAUGGAUGAUCAGAAACAAAUCCAACAACUGCAGUUUGGUUUAAGAGAAGCAAAUGAGCGGGCGAUAGAGAUCCAGAAACAACAACUGGAGAAAACGGAAAAACAGCUCCAUGAGUUGCAAGAAAUGCAGAGAUCGCGAGAAGAGAAAGAGCGAAGGGAAAAGAAAGAUCAGAGGGAAGAGAAAGAGCGAAGGGAGAAGGACAAAGGGCGGAGGGAAAAGGAGUACGAGCAUAAUGGGCGUAAAUCAUCAGGUUGGUUCAAAAGCCCAUUUUAGCAGCUGGGUAUCUGCAUUAUGUUGUGGCUACUAGUGACCAAAUUGUUUGGAGAAUGGUCUUGCAUUCCUACAGCAGCUUAUGGUCUCAGAUAUGGGUCUGUUAGGUGCCGAUUCCACAGGAUGUCACAUUCCAAGUGUCAUGCUAAAUCAUUACAAAGCUUAUCCAGAGGAAAGGAAUAAAUAGAUCAAUGUUAACCAGUAAU